CUAACAAGGCUGAUCUGAUAAGGUAGUGGAAGGGUGCUAAGACCUUUGCUCCCUCUCUGCAACUGAAAGCAUUCUUAGCUUGCCAGUGGCCCCACUGCCUGCCUGCCUGCCUGUGCAGCUCUCUAGACCACAGAUUCCUCCUUCACUCUAGCAAAAGGAAGAUGCUGUCUAAUUUGAGGAUCCUGCUCAACAAUGCAGCUCUUAGAAAGGGUCACACUUCCGUGGUUCGAAAUUUUUGGUGUGGGAAGCCAGUCCAGAGUCAAGUACAGCUGAAAGGCCGUGACCUCCUCACCUUGAAGAACUUCACAGGAGAGGAGAUUCAGUACAUGCUAUGGCUCUCUGCAGAUCUGAAAUUCAGGAUCAAGCAGAAAGGAGAAUACUUACCUUUAUUGCAAGGGAAAUCCUUAGGAAUGAUUUUUGAGAAAAGAAGUACUCGAACAAGACUGUCCACGGAAACAGGCUUUGCUCUGCUGGGAGGACACCCUUCCUUUCUUACCACACAAGACAUUCACUUGGGUGUGAAUGAAAGUCUCACGGACACAGCUCGUGUCUUAUCUAGCAUGACAGAUGCAGUGCUAGCUCGAGUGUAUAAACAAUCAGAUCUGGACACCCUGGCUAAAGAAGCAUCCAUCCCAAUUGUCAAUGGAUUGUCAGACUUGUAUCAUCCUAUCCAGAUCCUGGCUGAUUACCUUACACUCCAGGAACAUUAUGGCUCUCUCAAAGGUCUUACCCUCAGCUGGAUAGGGGAUGGGAACAAUAUCUUGCACUCUAUCAUGAUGAGUGCUGCAAAAUUCGGGAUGCACCUUCAAGCAGCUACUCCAAAGGGUUAUGAGCCAGAUCCUAAUAUAGUCAAGCUAGCAGAGCAGUAUGCCAAGGAGAAUGGUACCAAGUUGUCAAUGACAAAUGAUCCACUGGAAGCAGCACGUGGAGGCAAUGUAUUAAUUACAGAUACUUGGAUAAGCAUGGGACAAGAGGAUGAGAAGAAAAAGCGUCUUCAAGCUUUCCAAGGUUACCAGGUUACGAUGAAGACUGCCAAAGUGGCUGCGUCUGACUGGACAUUUUUACACUGCUUGCCUAGAAAGCCAGAAGAAGUGGAUGAUGAAGUGUUUUAUUCUCCACGGUCAUUAGUGUUCCCAGAGGCAGAGAAUAGAAAGUGGACAAUCAUGGCUGUCAUGGUAUCCCUGCUGACAGACUACUCACCUGUGCUCCAGAAGCCAAAGUUUUGAUGCCUGUCAAAAGGACAAAAACAGAAAACAAAACAAAACAACAACAACAACAAAAACCCCUCUGUUCUUUAGCAACAGAAUAAGUCAGUUUAUGUGUGAAAGAGAAGAAUUUAAAAUUGUAAACACAUCCCUAGUGCAUGGUAUGAUUAUGUAAUUGCUUUGCUAUUAUGAGAAUUUCUUAAAGCUUUUAGUUUAAGUGCCUGGCAUUUCAUUAUCCUGCUUGACUUGGUUUAAACACUCUCUUCAAUUCACAACUUCUGAAUGACAUUUGGGUAUCAUAUUAAUUAUCAUACACAUUUCCUUCCACUAAACAUUAAACACUUUGCUUACAAUGUCUAAGUCAUUAAAUGUAAUCUAUGCUUAUUACCUUAAUAAGGGAUCAUUCAUGCUCAUUUAUAAAUAAACAUUUGCCAGGCAGUCAACUGCUGGUAAGUUCAUGGGCCUUAAGACCAAUGGAGAAAUCAAAUGAAAAAAAAAAUUGCCCAUACUGAAGUAUUUUUCUUAUCAUUUAUGGAAAGAUUGGAGUCUGUCAAGUGAAUAUAUCUAUGUAUCCACUAGUCCAUGUUGUAACUGGAAAGGUUGGUAAGCAUAUGAUAUGGUAGAGCUGUGGGGUACCCAUCCAAGAAUGUGGGUCCAUUACAGACUCACAUAGUUCAUAAUUACAAUUUUUCCAUUAGGAACAAUUUAAUUUCUCACAUCUGUGCUUAUCACAAAUAUACUCAUGAUGGACUAUUUCCAUAAAUCUACUAUUUGCCAACA